AUGGCGAUUUGGGACCGGUGCGUCAUCAAAGCAGCUGUCUGCCGAUAUUUGCUCACCACUAAUCCAGGUCACAGUGAUGACCUACAUGUCAAGCACCCUGAAACCCUGUGGCUGGGAUCUAAUUUUGCUCCCUUUGCACCUCCACCGACCCUCCGCGCCCACCCUGGCCUGUUAGCGCUUCCACCGCCGGGUCCCUGCGCUUCAUGCAAAGGGAUCGCUUCCCCUCCGGUUAAUGCCCAAAACACCAUGGCACCCCUCGGGGUUGGCAACUCUACAGCUGCCACCCACCACCGCCCGGGCCAGACCCGCUCCCCACAGCCCUGGGCAACCCGCCCGGUUGCUUCUAGAAGACCGAAUCCCCCCACCCCGAGCGGCGGGAGGAGCGCGGUGCCCGUAGAUCCUGGCAAGGCCGCCCCGCCGCUGACAUUGCCCGGCCCCUGCCCGUUUGGAUUAUUCAUAGGCUCAACUAAUGGAUGCGAGAGAACUUCUUUUGCGUUUUUGCGACAAGAACUUCCUGUGAGGUUUGCAAACAUUCUGAAAGAAAUCGAUCUUCUUCCUGAUAAAUUGCUAGGAACUCCAUCAGUACAAUUAGUAAAAAGCUGGUACAUCCAAAGCCUAAUGGAGCUUGUUGAGUUCCAUCAGAAAAGCCCAGAAGACCAAAAAGUCUUAUCUGACUUUAUAGAUACAUUAAUUAGAGUCCGAAACAGACAUCACGAUGUAGUUCCUACAAUGGCACAAGGAGUAAUUGAAUACAAAGACACUUUUAAAGUAGAUCCUGUCACCAAUCAAAACAUUCAGUACUUUUUGGACCGUUUUUACAUGAGCCGUAUUUCAACCCGGAUGCUAAUGAACCAACACACCCUUCUUUUUGAUGAUAAAUCCGGCUCAGGGCACCCAAGGCACAUUGGAAGUAUUGAUCCUUGCUGUGAUGUUGUUGAAGUAGUGAAUGAUGCUUUUGAAAGUUCUAAGAUGUUGUGUGACCAGUAUUACUUAACAUCUCCAGAACUGAAACUUACUCAAGUGAACGGAAAACUUCCAGGAGAGCCAAUCAACAUUGUAUAUGUUCCAUCUCACCUUUUUCACAUGCUUUUUGAGCUCUUUAAGAAUUCAAUGAGGGCAACUGUUGAAUUCCAAGAAAACAGUCCUUCCCUUUCUCCAAUUGAAGUGACAGUUGUUCUAGGAAAAGAAGACCUGGCAAUUAAGAUCUCAGACAGAGGAGGUGGCGUUCCAGUCAGGAAGAUUGAGCAGCUGUUCAGCUACAUGUAUUCCACAGCACCAAGGCCGAGGAUGGAUGAUGGUCGAAAUACCCCUCUUGCUGGCUUUGGGUAUGGCUUGCCAAUUUCUCGUCUGUAUGCUAAAUACUUUCAAGGAGAUCUAAACCUCUACUCCAUAUGUGGUUAUGGAACAGAUGCUAUUAUCUACUUGAAGGCUUUAUCGACAGAAUCAGUAGAGAAACUCCCAGUUUUUAACAAAUCGGCUUCCAAGCAUUACCAGGCUACCUCAGAGGCGGAUGACUGGUGUGUCCCAAGUAAAGGCCCAAAGAAUGUAUCGCAGCAGAGUGCAGCUGUCUGA